AAAACCAGUUUUCAUUUUCGUAAUAUGUAUCAAGACUUUAUAUAAACUAUACUAAAGUUCAUUUGAAAAGUAAAAAAAAGUUUUUCAAAAUUCUUCAGUAGUCUUAUAAACUUAAAAUUUCAAUAUAACCAUGUCGUACUCCGCAAAGACCAUACUCAAGGAGGGCUCCACCGAGCUGAACCACAUCUGCGAGCUGGACAUCUCGAAGACCGCCUCGCACCUUCGCCUGGUGUCUCUGAUCGCUACCAUAUCCCACAGUUCAAGGAAUACGGAGACCAUAUACAACAUGAUCAUGAGGGGCGUGAACAUCUUCCGACUGAACUUUGCGCACGAGUCGCAUGAGAUGCACUCAAAGACCAUCGAGCUGAUUAACGCCGCGCUGGAGAGGAUUCAUAAGGAGACAGGACACUUAAGAACAGUGGCCAUCGCGGCGGACACCAGAGGACCCCAGAUCCGGACGGGCUUGCUGGACGGAGAUGUGUUCCUGCGCACUGGCGAUAACCUAAGACUCUCGAUCAACCGUGAUCUCUACGACAAGGGCAAUAAGGAGGCCGUCUACGUGGACUACCCGAACAUCAUAAAUUUAACCAAGACCGGAGACCGCCUGUUCAUCGACGAUGGCAAGCUGCUGCUCCACAUCAUGGAGGUGGGCGUGGACGGGCUGCUGUGCGAGGUCAUCCAGGGCGGUCAGCUGAAGAAUAACUGCAAUGUGAUCCUGCCCGAAGUCGAGAUCGAUCUGCCAGCCGUCUCCGAAAAGGACAUGUUCGACAUUCAAUUCAGCAUGAAGGCCAACGUGGACUUCCUCUUUGCUUCGGCCGUGCGCUGUGCCAAGAACAUCAAGGAACUGCGAGCGGUGCUCGGCGAGAAGGGCAAGCACAUCAAGAUCAUCGCCAAGAUGGACAGCAAGAUUGCGCUGAGCCGUUUCUCGGAGAUUAUGCGGGCGGCGGACGGCCUGCUUUUGUCGCGGGCAGAUCUGGGCACCCAAAUACCCAUCCACAAGCUGUUCCUCACCCAGAAGAGCAUCUUGGGCCAGUGCAACAAGGCCGGCAAGCCGGUGAUCGUGGCCUCGCACAUCCUGGAGUCCAUGCGCACGGAGGCACAGCCAACGCGGGCAGAGUGCUUUGAUCUUGGCAACGCGAUCAUAGAUGGUGCCGACUGCAUCUUGCUCUCUUCGGAGGUAGCCAUCGGGCCGUACCCUACCGAGACGGUGGCCACCUGCGACAAGCUGUGCCGCGAGGCGGAAAAGGUGCUCUGGUUCCGUGACCUGUUCUCCGACCUAGUCAGCGAGGUGCGCGGUGAGCUCGAUGCGGCGCACUCGCUGGCCAUCGCCGCCGUGGAGACGGCCAAGAAAACGAACGCCACACUGAUCCUGGUGCUGACCUCCUCGGGUCGCUCGGCCGCGCUGGUCAGCAAGUUCCGACCACGCUGCCCCAUCAUGGCGAUCACCCGCUGCGAGCGUGCCGCCCGCUGGGUCUACAUACAUCGCGGAGUCCUGCCCAUGCUGUAUACCUCCGAGCCCAGCGCUGACUACGCCACCGACGUAGACGAACGUGUCCACUUUGGCCUUACCUGUGCCAAGAAAAUGGAAAUCAUCAGCGACGGCGAUCCCAUUGUCAUCCUGAGUGCGUGGAAGGAUGGCGGCGGUUUCACUAACAACCUGCGCGUUGUCUACGCCUUCUUCGAGGCGGAUCGCGUGGACUGCCUGUUCCGUGCGGACAGGCGGCAAUCGCAGAAGAACACCAAUCUUGUGGUGGCCAACCGCACAACUAAGGAAAGUUUAAUUAUUUUCCGUUAAUAUUGUAAAAUUGUGGUCUUCGACAUGGAGUUCAUACCCAUUUGUUUGUUCAUUUAAUCAUUAGGCUUAUGCAAAUCAAAACCUAAAUAUAUUUAUUUUUUUGUUUGGUUCUUAA